AUGGUUUUCGACGAAAUAAAAACUUUGUUGAAUUCUCCUGUUCCUUUAGUUUCUGGAAAAUGGAAUAAUAUCUCAUUUGAUGUUCCGAUUUUAGUUGAUAUUAAUCAACCUGUCACUUUUACUCUCAAAUGCAUUUAUUUUUUCGAAAUUAUUUGUAUUAUUGGAGCUAUAUUUUUCAUGUCUUAUUUUACACAUUUUAUCAAUUCUUCAUCAGUUUUUCACAAAAAUUUGCAAUAUAUUCUUGUGAUUGAAGUUGUAUUUUUUAUGUUUGGUGAAUUCUCGAGAUUUCAUUUAUUGUUAGUUCAACUCAAAUUUAUAGAAGGUGGGUGUUUUUGUUAUUCUUAUAAUCAGGUAGAAAAUACAUGAACAACGAGAGAUUUUUUUUUACAAAUUCGUGGGGGAGUUUUUUGAUGGUUCAUUCCAAAACACAUUGGAAGAUUUCCCAGAUUUUAUUGUGAGUUUCCCAGGUUUUAAAUUGUGCCAAAACAUUGGGAUGAUUUUUUGCCAAUCAUGCCUUACUCUUCGUUCAGCUUUCGAAACUUUCAGAUCUUGAUUCUCCUCUAUUUCUAAUCUCUGGAAUAUUUCGAUUAGAACAUUUUGGAAUGUCACUUUGUGGAAUUCCAGCAAUUGCAAUCGAACGAUCUUUUGCAACAUUUUAUGUGCAUGAUUAUGAAGCAAAAAAUCGAUAUUGGAUUGCAAUAUUUAGCUCAUCCUGUGCAUUUUUUCACACACAGUUAUUUGUUAUUCCAAUCACUUUUUAUAAAAUGCCUGUUUUUCUAAUUGCUAUUUAUGCAUCUUUUGGAAUUGUUGUUUCUUUGUCAGUUAUUGUUUAUUUAUACUUUUCGAAUCUCAGAAAACUAAAAUAUAUCAAUGGAAAAAAAGAAUAUUCAAUAAAAGUCACAUAUACUUUGAGCAAAAAGUUUCAACUUGAAGAAAAUAUUAAAAUUAUUACGGUAAGCUUAUUUUUUGAAACUUUCUAAUUGAAUAUUUAGUAUUGACGAACAAUGGGAACUAUGAUUUUCAUUUUAAUAUGUAUUGUUUUGGCAGUUAUUCUAAUUCCAUGUGUUGUAUUAGGAACUUCAAAUGUUUCAGGGCAGUUUAUUAUAUCUUUAUUCGAUUUGAUUUUAGCUUUGUAAGUUUUUUAUUAUCGAAUCUAUGAAUAUAAAAUUAAUUUCAGAGCUAGUUUAAUAAUUCCCGGACUAUGUAUUAUGUUUUUGAGAAAAACUCGACCUCUGCCCCUUUUCGUAUGUUUACAAUUAAAAAAAACUGUGAAAUAUCAAAAUUUCAGAAAAAUUUGAAAUGGUUCAAACAUUCUGGUUCUCUAGUUAUAAAGCCGAAAAUUGCUCAAGUUCCGAAUGAAACAAAAGUAUAUUUUGAUCAAUUAACGAGAUCGUGGCAAUGAAAACUAAAUAAAAAAUUGUGUUCUGAUUUUGUGUUAUUUGAUUUCCGCACUCGUGAAAGUUGCCGAAAAUAAGAAGAGAUGUUUGGGAAAAAAUGUUGAAAAAUUACAAAGUAUUGAAAUGGUUGAACAACAAGCGUGAAGCUUUCUUCGAAGAAACAAAUUUGAAUUCGAAAACAAAACAAUACUGAAAAGAAACAUUCUUGCAAACAACUGCGUGACAAGACCCAACAAUAAAACACAAGGCGCCUUGAAAUUACUGUAGGCGCGGUUUUUUUAUUUUUCUGUUUCAAAAAUUUUCUCUCGCUCAGAGAAACAGGCUGGAGAACCGGCGGAGAAAACGACAUGUCGGCGAACUCUCGGACAACCGGCGGAGUGUCUCACCUACACUAUUUCGCCAAAACUUUUGUCCACCGGUUGUCCGAAAGUUCGCCGACAGGUCGUUUUCUCCGCCGGUUCUCCAGUCCAUUUCUUUGAGUCGGUUUGCAUUUACGUUUUUCUCGAUCAAAGUUUAGACAUCAUCAAAACACUCUAACCUCAUUUUUGUAUUUUUUGAGUUCUCAAUAUUUUAAAAGAUAAGGAAAUGGAGACAUUUUUCUAGGUUAGCUAUUCAAAAGUAUUUACUUUUGUGAACAGUUUUUUUUUCAAUCAAUAAAAAAUAUAUGUUGAACACAACAGUUCACUAAAUAAAUGUGACUUAUCAACAACAAAAAAUUGUGUUGUAUUUUAUAGCCAUGUGCCUAUAGGUAUAAAAUGAAUUUCAUCUCGAUGUUUUUGAUGUCAUUUUUCUUCUUCUUCUUAUUUUCUCGUUUUUUUUUUUGAAAAAUGAAAAAUAAAUAUCUUUUCUUUUUUUCAGUGGGGGCGAAAAAAAGAAUGCUCUCUCUCAGUUUUUCUCUGUCAUUCUGCGUUUUCAAACAAGCACGUUCGGUUUUCUCGUUUUUCUCUGAUUUCGGGGGCUGUUAUGUUUAUUUAUUAUGUGUUUUUGUACUUGAACUUUUUAACACGUCUGGGAGGGUAAAAGCUAGUAAGAAAGUAUAUAAAUAUGAGUUUUGAACUUUCAAUUUGUUGUAAAAUUUUCAUUACAAUCUGAGAUAUGUUAUGUCAACAAAUAAUCUCGCUGAUAAGAUUGUGAUUGUUGAUCAAACUUCGACAGAUCCACCAGAGUAAACAUGUUUUUCUAUCGCAGACACUUCAUUUUACCUCAUAAAUACUUAUUUUUUAAAUAAUAUUUUUUCACAGAAUGGGAAUUGCUGUCGUCGAAGUUGCCACAAAACCAUUUGCUGGUCAAAAACCAGGAACAAGUGGAUUACGAAAACGUGUUCCAGAAUUCCAACAACAACAUUAUACCGAAAACUUCAUUCAAGCAACAAUUGAUGCAGGUCUUGGAGCGAAAAAACGUGGAUCUCAAUUAGUUGUUGGAGGAGAUGGUCGAUUCCUUUCAAUUGAAGCAACCAAUGUUAUUAUUAAAAUUGCUGCUGCAAAUGGGGUUUGUUUCUUUUUUAUUAGACUGAAAAAGUUUAAAUUGAAAAUAAUUAUAAUUUCCUAGUUGUCUCGUUUGAUCGUUGGCCAAAAUGGAUUCCUUUCAACUCCAGCUGUUUCAAACUUGAUCAGAAAAGGUCAUGCUGGAAAAAUCGUAGAUGGAGGUAUUAUUCUAACAGCUAGUCAUAAUCCUGGAGGUCCCAAAGGAGAUUUUGGAAUCAAGUUCAAUUGUGAAAAUGGUGGACCAGCUCCGGAUCAUGUAACGAAUUCGAUUUAUGAUAUUACAACAAAAAUCAGUAAAUAUUCGAUUGCUCGAGAUUUGGAAUGUGAUUUCACAACUGUUGGAACCUAUGAAUAUGAUAUUGAUGGAGUUGGACAUUUUACAGUCGAUGUUAUUGAUUCGGUUACUGAAUAUGUCAAUUUAAUGCAAAGUAUUUUCGAUUUCUCAAAGGUAACGUUUAUAUUGUUAUUGAAAAUUUCAACUUGAAAUAAAAUAAAUUUUCAGAUCAAAUCCCUUUUAUCUGGCGAUUUAUCUGGUGGAAAGAAAUUCCGAGUUCUUCUCGAUUCAAUGCACGGAGCAACAGGUCCCUAUAUUUCAACAAUUCUUGCCGAUAUUCUUGGAGCUGAUUCGAAAGAUCUUUUGAGAACUGUUCCAAAACCAGAUUUCGGUGGUGGUCAUCCUGAUCCAAAUCUUACUUAUGCUAAAGCACUUGUAGAUCAAUUGAAAAAUGGAGAACAUGAUCUUGGAGCUGCUUUUGAUGGGGAUGGUGUAAGUUUUUUGUUCGAAAAAAGUGUGAUUGCAAAUUUUAAAUUCAGGAUCGUAACAUGAUUCUCGGACGAAAUGGUUUCUUCGUAACCCCAAGUGAUUCGUUGGCUGUUAUUGCUGAUAAUAUCAAUUCAAUUCCAUAUUUCCAAUCUAGAAAAGUUGAAGGUAGGUUCAAAAAAAUUGUAAAAUCAUUAAUUUUUAUAAAUUCCAGGAUUUGCUCGUUCGAUGCCAACAGCUGGUGCAGUCGAUCUUGUCGCAAAAGCCAAAGGACUUCAAGUUUAUGAAACUCCAACUGGAUGGAAAUAUUUCGGAAAUCUUAUGGAUGCUGGAAAAAUCGCACUUUGCGGAGAAGAAUCAUUUGGAACAGGAAGUGAUCAUAUUCGUGAAAAAGACGGAGUUUGGGCACUUUUGGCGUGGCUCCAAAUUUUGGCCGACAAAAAACAAUCUGUUGAAGAGAUUGUCAACAAUCAUUGGAAAAAGUAUGGUAGAAAUGUUUUUACUCGAUACGAUUAUGAAAAUGUUGAUGCAGCUGGAGCUAAUUUGCUUAUGACUUUCUUGGAAGCACAAUUACCUGCAUUAGUUGGAAGAGAUUUGAGUGCCAAUGGAUUUACGUACAAGGUAAUUAUUUUGAAAAAUAAGCUACUCACUCCAAGUUAUAUUUUGUUUAGGUUGCUGUAGCUGAUAAUUUCCAAUACAAUGACCCAGUUGAUGGAUCUGUUUCAACAAGACAAGGACUUCGAAUUGUAUUUGAAGAUGGUUCUCGACUUGUAUUCCGUCUUUCUGGAACUGGUUCUGCUGGUGCAACAAUUCGACUUUAUGUUGAUUCAUACAUUCCAGCUUCUGAUUCUCAACGCCUUCUUCAACCAGCGCAAGAUUUGUUGAAACCAUUGGUUCUUAUUGCUCUCGAAACUUGCAAAAUGGAGCAAUUCACAAAUCGAAAAGCUCCAACAGUUAUCACAUAA